AUGGAAGCUUUGGAAGACCUGCUGUCUGACACCGACUGUGAAGGUCAUUUGAAUUUCCGUCCAAGUGGACAGUUCAGCUUUGCUGCGAUUCGCCGUCAGUUAGAAAAUGAGGGAGUUGAGGAAGAAGAGCUUGAAGAACUCGAGGAUGACAUCGAUGACAUCGAUGAAAUGGAUGAGCAAGAGCUUGAUGAACAAGAAGCUCUUGAAGGUUUUGGCAAUGCACACCUGACAAGAGGUCUUUGGGACAUUUCCGCCUUGGGCCUUGGUGCCAAACAUGAUUACACCAUUGAGCCUCACGAUGAGGAUGAUGAAGAGUCCAGCUGCAAGGGCCAGCAGAUUCCUUCUGCGGUAUCUGAGGCACCAACUGCCUUGCCGGAUGAUGCCAUCAGCAGCAGAGCUCCCACCAAAAGACCUUCAUUGAAAGAGGAAGUAGAAGAGUUCCAAGAUGUUGAAGGUGAUGAUGUGGAUUUUCUCCCUGCUUCCAAUAGGGACGCGGAAUUCGCCAAAGAUCUUUGGGUCAUCCCUAGCUUACGGAUGGGUGUCAAGCAGGGUACUCCACCUGAAGACUUGGUGGAUGAAGAUGAAGGAGGCCUUCUUGACGGGAACAGCGUUCUGCUGCCCAGCGGCAAGGGCCAGAUCCCUGCCGUGGCAUCUGAAGCCCCAGCUGUGGUACCGGAGACACCGGAGACACCAGAAACACCAGAGGAUGGGAACGCAAAGAGUGGAGCCACCAAAAGACCCUUCCUGAAAAAAGGAUCCCGGGCAAAGUCCACAUUGCCUGGAAAUCCUGGCCCAUUGGCAGUGAAAAGGCAGCCUGCAAGCACAUCUCCAGCUGCUCCAACUCAGGCAGUUGCUUCAGCACCCAAGAGAGAACCUCGAAAGCCGUUCCGACCAGAGUUUCACGUUGCUGAUGCCCUGCCUGCACCUGCACGAGAACAUGAUUUCUCGUUCCAAGCGCAGGACUUCAACGAUUCAUUGCCCUGGGAUUGCCGUGGGCUUGACCACGUGGACGACAUGCAUGAUGUGCAUCUUCAAGUGGACGAUGAAGAGGAAGAUGAAGGAGAACCGCCCACAUCCGACAUUGUCAGGUCGUACUUCCACAAAGCCCCAUCUAGUGGUCCAUCAAGUGCCCAGAAACGAAAUGCCAGAAGCCCCCAUUGGGAAGGUGGCAAUGCUUUCACCACUUUGUAUGGCCGAACUUCACCAAGCGAUGGCAGCCUUUCAGGUGCAGCCAGCCGCUCCGAAGGUCGAAAGGGCUCCAAAAGCGAGCCUCCAGAACAGGCUGAGGCGGCUGAGGCAAAGGCACGGCUGCAAGCUUUGGAUGAGGAACUGAAAAAGUACGAGAAGGAGAAUGAAACUUUGAAGAAACUCCAAGCACAUGCAAAGCAGGCAGAGCGGGACAUUGCCAGGGAGAGAGAGAAGCUCUGGAAAGAGGUGGAAGCUGAGAGGACAGCGCUCCAUGCAGAGUUUGAUGUGGAGCGGGCUGCCUUGCGCAAGGAGAGGAAGCGCCUAGCUGAAGUGGCCGAGCGUCAACGACAGCAGCUCAGGGAGGAGCGCGAGGUUGUAGAAGAGCGACAACGUCUCUCUGACAAAGCAGAGCAGCUUGAAGAAGAGAUGCGAGAGAAGGAGAAACGAUGGCAACGGACUGUUGAUCGUUUGCAGCGACAAGUCACCGAGUUCACCCGCAAAAAUGCUGAGCUUCAAGAUGAGGUGCAACGCCUUAACCAGCAAGCUGCUCAAACACAGCAGGCCAGCUGGCUCAAGGAAGUUGCUGCUGCCAAGAAAGGCAUCUCUGCCCGCACACGCCGGGCUGGCAGCUUGGGCCCCACCAGCCCCAGCAGUGGCCCCCCGAGCGGCCCCGGCCCCAGUGGCCCUGGCCACAGCACCUCAGCACGGCAGUUGGCAGGUCGAGAUAGUCGAGCUGAUGCAGCUCCAGUCUCGACGCCCGUGGAGAAUGAGAAGCGCAGCUCAAGCGUCACGCCCAAAUCGCAGCUUCCUGUUGCGCAAGUGGCAGCGGCUCCCAAUGGGGAGACUGACGUUCGCGAGACCCGCAAACUGGAUGGCCGCAUUGAGCGGAUUUUUGCAGAUGGUCGGAGGGAGGUUGAAUUCUCGAAUGGCUUGAAAAAGGUGAUGUGGCCAGAUGGUCAAACUUCCGUGAUGUUCCAAAAUGGAGAUUUGAAGGAGAUCCAACAAGACGGCGUCGUUGUGUACCACUACCGUGCCACGGGGGCGGUUCAAACAACUCUGACAGACGGCACUGAGCUCUACCAGUUCAGUGACGGCCAGACAGAGCGGCACAGCCUGGAUGGCUCCAAGGAGAUUCGCUUUCCCAAUGGGACGACCAAAAAGAUCUUCUCAGAUGGAACUGAAGAGGUGUGCUUCGCAGAUGGCUGUUUGAUGCUCUUUGCCUUAGCUGGUCUCCUACUACUAAGAGCAAAGGAAUUGCAAGCCAAAGAGCAACGAGAAGAGGAAGAAGCUGCAGCCACCCUCAGGGUAGUGGUGGAUGCAGUGAGUCUUGGCAGGGUGGAGUACAACCUGGUGAGGCAUCUCAUUGUGAAGGAUUUGCGGAAAGUGGCCGCCCGAUCCAAAAUCUCGUUGCCAACCACCGGGCUUUUUGAGAACAAAGCCCCGUUGCAGCUCUUUGCCCUCUUCGAUGGGCAAUCUUCCGCUGAGGGAGCUGGCCCCAUGGCCGCAGAAUGCUGCGCCAAGACCUUGCUACCAAAGUUGCUGCGGAACAUGUCAGCAAUUCCACAGGGCUAUGAGAAUGCAACAUUCUUAAAGGCCUGCCUGAAAAAGGCGUUCGAAGACUUGGACAAGGAAGUGCUCAGAAACCAGCCUAGUAUCCAGGACGGCUGUGGUGGUGCUGUUGCCUUGCUCGUUGGCGAGAAGCUCUUCACAGCUGUUUGUGGCAAAUGCGAGCUGAUCCUCGUGGAAGCUGGGCAACGAAGGGGUAUAAAGCAGGAUCCAUGCAAGGCUGUGAACAUGGGCAGCCAGCAAGGGAGCUGGAGCAUUCCGGAAGACCAGAAGUUCUUAGUCGACAACGGCGGGAUGGUCUUUCCGGGCGAGGGCGGCAAGCUGAUGACCAGCAAUCCACAGGGACACACCACGGCUGUGUCCAGGUCUAUCGGAGACCGUGCCUGGAAGGGGUCCAUGGGUGGCCUACCUGGGAGUUUGAAGCUGGUGAGGAGCAUGCCAGAGACACGCUACACCGAUGUUUCCUGGGCUGAUCGCCAUGUGGCUUUGAUGCUGACCUCUGCUCCUGUUUCAUACAUCCCCACCGACCAGGCGUCUGUCACCAUCUCCGAUUUCGAGUUAAAGCCUCGUGCUGCCAGUGGUGAGAUUGCUAGUCGAGCUGCAUCUGCACCUCAGAAUGGCAACGCGCAGUGUACCACCAUCGUGGUGUAUUUUGUUCCAAAGGACGACAAGGUCGUCCAAGAGCCUGCCGCAAAACGGGCCAAGAAGGAAGCUGAAAGUGUCCGCCUGCGGCAUAUCGUAGUGCGUCACAUGGAGACCAGUUCUCCUUUUGAUCCUGUGCGCAACGUGCCUGUGAACAGAAGCCCACAGGAGGCAGAAGCGAUGCUCAGGCAGGCGCUUCAGGAGCUUAUCCUAGAGGCAAAAAGCAUAAAAUUGCCUGCGGGCAAGAAACCUGGUGCGGCAGCUUUUCAACCAACACCAAAGUUUACCUCUCUUUGCAAGGAGCUGUCUGAAUGUCCCACCGCACAGAAGGGUGGUGGCAUGAUUGGAGAUCUUGGAUGGCUUCAGCCCGACGAGCUCAAGAGCCGCUUUGGACCCGCCUUUUCAGAGGCUGUGAAGAACCUCAAUCCGGGGCAGUGGAGCCUGCCACCUCGAACAGGUCAUCAUGAGUUGCAAGUGCUAGAUGUUCAUUUUGCACGAAGAGCUCAACGUCGUUUAGCUCAGAAUGCUGCUGCUGCACGCUUGGAGACUUCGUCCGCUUUGGAGCUUGAAGAAGCUUGCCUCGAUGAUCCUCCUGCUGCCGAUGUGAUUUCAAGUGAUGAAGAUAUUUCUGUCGUAGAGACCGGAGCUACACAGGCGCAGCCAUCAGGUUCAUCACGUGGUCGCUCGCGUUCGCGUGGCAGACAGAGCGGCGUGGCUUCAAGUGGUCCAAUUGACCUUGUGGAGUUGGACCCACCAGGAAAUGCUGAAUCGGCGGCCUCAGCACUCCCAAGUUUCUACGUGCAUACAUUUGAGUAUGGCGAUAUGGCAAGGUGUUGCAGUUCAUGUCAUGAGUUCUUUCUGCCAGGUCAACUUCGCUUGGGACUCCUUUUGCACUCAGCACUGCAGGAUGAUGAAGCCAUUUGGAUGCACGCACCGCGCUGUUUGCGCCGUGGCAACUUCGAAGUCAGCUUGUUGGAGAGUGUGGCCUUUGAUACCGACCUUUCUGAUCAAGUCCGCGCUCGAGUCUUGGAGGAACUCGCAGCAAUCAACGCUCGUCACACUGAAGCGCGCUGGCCUGGUCAAGCACGGGCUGCAGUACAAGCCACCAAACCUUGGCAUUGCAACAUUCAACGUUUAGAUGAACACAUGGAUCCUGCCUGGUCUGUUGCUUGGUCUGUGGUUCGGGUUCCUCUUCCUGUGGUGCAAUCGGAGCCUGCCUCUCGGCCAGGCUUGGCCGCCCGAGCUGCCAGAUCCACCUUGCAUGCAGCCCUCGAGGCUCGCUGGGCGGCCAUUGAUGCACAACUGGAAAGGGCCGAUGAUCUUACACGCGAUGAUCAGAUCCCCGAUGCUUUGACACAGGCACCUGCAUCCGGUCCAGAUGAUAUCAACGAUUUGUUGGCGUCAGUUCCAUGCCAGAAGUUGGAGGUGGCAUGUCAGGAGCCAUGCGCAGUUUGUUAUGAGGAAAUGGUGGUGGGUGAGGAGAUUCGGCGCCUACCGUGCCUGCACAACUUUCACAAGGCCUGCAUUGAUCGGUGGAUCAAGGUGAAAGCCACCUGUCCCUUAGACAACCUCAACGUUAGGGACCUCAUCGCCAAGCAGUUGACGUACUCACUUUCCGAGGCUGAUCGCGGGAGAUCGCCGAGGAGGGCGAAAGAAGAAGUGAAAGAUGACUUAUAUGACUUCAGCCCUUGCUCUGUUGAGUUGGCAGACUUUCAGCUGGAAAUGUUGGAACCUCCACGGGAGGAAAGGCGAAAAAGCCGUCGAAUUUCCAGUUUGCGAGAAAAAUCAGAGCAAGACUUGCAGCAGCUGAGAAUGGCUCCUCAGAGUAAGUCUGGAAGCCCAAUGGCUCCCAACCAAGCUCAAAGACCCAUGAGAAAGGCACGCGCAUCGAAGGAAAGGAUCGAUCCAGGCCAUGGCUCAAAAAAGAGCGCCAAAGUUGCCAGCAUGAUGAGAGAAUGCCUUCAAAUUGCAAACUUUCGAUUGCGGGCCACCUCUCGGGAGAUAUCAGAGAAGCUCUCAGCCACUUUGCAAAACACUCGCAAUCCUCGCAAUCCUUCAGUUUGGCCAGCGCAUAUGGCAAUGCUUCAGCCGGCUCCAGCAGCUAUCGAGUUGGAUGGCUUCGUCCCCAAGAGAAAUUCUACAACCACCGCCCUGCCUGUUGUAUGGUUCGACAUCAAACUCGUGAAGAUCCAUGCCUUCAAUGAACAGCAGCGGAAAGUCAAAAGCGACAUGAAUCACAAUGCACAAGCUGUCACGGCCAAGAAUGAAGUUCGUCGUCUCAAGCGGGCAGUGGCCCUCCAAAGGGCACGUGAAGUUCGUGCCACGCUCAGAGAAAGUCGUGCCAGUCCGCGAAAAGGUGGCAAGCCUCAGGCAGUCACACUGCCGACCAUUGUGGAGUGGACAAAAGGGUUCAGCUACCAGACGCUGCUACAAACUGACGAAACCAGAUCGUCCGUCAGUGAAGGGGGCAUGCGCCUGAAUGAUUCGUGGAUGUCGACGUUGAUCAUGGAAUUGCACGCGUCCUCUGAAUUGGUCAUUGGGUGUGACUUCCUGUUCCUGAAGGCAUGCUGCGCCCAGAAUCAUGGUGCCUGCCAUGCCCAAUACGUCCAGGCCCUUCGCGUGGGAUUUGAGCAGGGUUUCAGCUUUCCACAGGCUCCACCGAAUUCCCCCAGCCCCGUCACAACGCAGAUCGUGCUGAGAGGUGAGAGUCAGAGCUUGACAGAGGAGUCCCGGGAGACACUUGAAUCUGCGGCCUCAAAGACAGAAGACUCCAGCUUGAGCCCGUCGAAGAGCUCAAAGAGCCGAGAGUCGGUGUUGGUGAAGAAAGGCACCAAGGAGAAGAGGACUUCGAAGGACAAAAAGACUUCCAAAGCGAAAGGAUCAAAAGCCGAUUCGAAAGAAUCCGGAUCCUUGGGAUCGAAAGAUGGAUCGUUUGAGGCGCAUUCGAAAGAGGUGGCCUGCCUCAUAGUUGACUUUGACAUCACUGCUCCGCCCGAAGGGUUAGAGGAGGAUGAAUUCUUUGACAUCCCUGACAGCGCAGCUGCACGCAUCGCUGAUCUCAAGGCAGAGUUGGCAAAGCCGCACAGCGCCUUAUGGCUUCGUCUGAAAGAUCGUCUCGAACGGACGAUCGGUGGCGAUGCCAUGAAGACAUAUGAAGUUCCGGAAGUAGCUCGUCCUCAGUCGAAGAGAAAGUACAAGAUGGACUUCACAAUCCAAGAUGAACUGAACCUUCGUGAAGCUCCAAAAGAUACUGGCAACGCCUACUUUAUGAAGGGCUUCACAUCGCAGACAGCGCCAUUUGUGGGUGUGCGAGCCGACCUGCUUCCAGUGAUCUCCCAAGACAAGGUCACCAUCGACAAGGCGAUGCUGCCGGCCUUGUAUCAGCCCUUCCGGAAGGAACGGGAACAUCCCUAUGGUCUGGAAGAGCCAUCUGUUUUGCUUCCUCGCGGGGCACUGAAGCAACCGCCUGAAGUGGAGGAACGAAUUUUCAGGCUUGUGACACAGGAGGUGCCUGAGCCCAGGGCCACUAUGAUCCCACGAACCUUUGAUAAGGUUCAGCCGCCUCGGCGCACUUGA